AUGCCUUCUGCUAAGAUCUUCUACGACUCGGACGCUGACCUCAGCCUCCUCGAGGGCAAGACAAUCGUCUUCCUUGGGUUCGGUAACCAGGGAGCAGCUCAGGCGCAGAAUCUUCGGGAUACUGGUAUUCCCAACGACAAGAUCCUCAUUGCGAAUCGUCCUGAUUCUUAUGCGGAUGACGCGAAGUCUAAAGGUUUUAUCGUCGAGAAUGACAUCGCGAAGGCUGCAAGUGUCGCAGAUGUAAUAUUCCUCCUCAUCCCCGAUCAGGUCCAGCCGCGCGUCUUCAACGACGUCGUUCAGUCAACUCUGAAGGAUACUGCCACGAUCGUGGUUGCUAGCGGAUAUAAUGUUUUCUUCAAGUUGCUGCAGUUCAAGCCUACCCAGGAUGUUGUGAUGGUGGCUCCGAGAAUGAUUGGUUCCUCUGUUCGCAGUCUGUUCGUGAAGGGACAAGGCUUCCCCUGUUUUGCGUCCGCCGAACAGAAUGGAACCGGCAAGGCUCUUGAGAUUGCUGUAGCUCUUUCGCGUGCCAUUGGUGCCACAAAGGCUGGCGCGAUAGCUUCUUCUGCUUAUGAGGAGACAGCCAUGGAUCUCUUCGCGGAGCAGGCCCUCUGGCCCAAUAUAAUAACACUUUUCAGGGAGGGUUUCAGCGUGCUGAAAGAAGCCGGUUGUUCCGAUGAAGCGCUCUGUUACGAGAUGUGGAUGUCGAAAGAGCCUGCGGAGAUUUUCGAGCGCGCGGCCGAGGACGGUUUCAUUGCUCAGUUGAAAUACCACUCGGUCGUUUCGCAAUACGGUCAACUGAGUGGUGCCCUUGCUCUCGAUGGCGUCGCUGUCCGUGAACACUUCAAGAAUAUUCUGCACAAUCAAGUUCUGAAUGGCAAGUUCUGCAAAGAGUUCAGCAAGAUCGAAGCAGACCUCGAGAAGGACGGAUACGAUAACCCUCUCAAUGAAUUGUACAGGAAGACAGAGGAGACAGAGCUCGUUCAGGCAGAGAAGAGAGUGAGGGCUAGGUUGGCGGAUCUCAUAAAGAGCGGUCAGCAAUAG